ACGAUUAUCGUCUAGUUAACUGAGCUAGUUUUACACGGCAGCGCUGUGUCAUAACGGAUUAGCGAUACAUUUACUGUCGGUCGCUGUGACCCGACCAAUGAAGUGACCACAAGGAUACAAUGUCAUCGUUCCAGGUGGUGGAUUCGUCGCCGGGAAGCAGCGUCAGUGUCAUGGAAACAUCCAACUUUGCCCAUGUCAUCUUCCAGAACGUGGGGAAAAGCUUCCUGCCCCAGGCGCCUCUCGAGUGUCGCUACACCCUGACCCCUUACAUUACCCCCCACCCCAAAGACUGGGUGGGCAUCUUUAAGGUGGGGUGGAGCACAGCCAGGGAUUACUACACCUUUCUUUGGUCUCCUAUGCCUGAAAACUAUGAACCAGGAAGUACUGUCCACAGGACUGUGGUGUUUCAAGGUUAUUAUGUACCUAAAUCAGAUGGAGAGUUUUACCAGUUCUGUUAUGUCACACAUGCUGGUGACAUCAGAGGAGCCAGCACACCCUUCCAGUUCAGGUCGGCAACACCCACCGAAGAGCUGCUGACUGUCACUGAAGACGACAGCAACUCGGACAUACUGGUCGUCACCACCAAGACUGGGCUGUUGGAACGAGUGGAGGAAGCGCAGCAGGAGCGCAGGGAGCUGCUGAAGGCCAUGAGACUCCUGCAGGAGGAGAAACAGCAGCUCCAGGAAGAGCAGAAACGACUGGCCAGAGAGAGGGAGCAGGAGAGGGAGACAUGCUGCCUGCUGAGGACACACAACCAGGAGCUGCUGCGCUCAUCACAGGGCCUGUCAGAGGAGAGGGAGGAGGUGAGGAGGAGGCUGACAGAGGCCACGGACCGGGUACGCCAGCUGGAGGAGGACCUGCUGGGGGUCACCCAGAGAGGCCUACAAAAAGAAACGGAACUUGACUGUCUGCGCGAUCGUCUGAAGAAACUUACGGCAGAGAGAGACAGUCUUGAGAGCCAACUGAAGAAUGAGAAGGAUGAGAGAGACCUCUACAAGGCCCACCUACGCAGCACUGAACUGGAGAACACUAAGUUGAGCGCAGAGCUGCAGAUGCUGAAGGCAGUGGAGCUGAACAGAGAGGUGACCAUCGCUCAGUUCCAGGAGGAGCUGGAGCGGCUCAGGGCUUGUGUUGCCCAGCGGGACAGCCUGGAGAAAGAGCUGCUGGCACACAAGGCUGACAAGGCUGAGCUGGUCCGUGUGCGUGAGCAGCUCCGUCAAGCUGAGGAGCAGCUGCAGGCAACCCGGCAACAGGCCUCCCUGCUGGCCUCAGAGCUUCGUGACUCGGCCAGCGCCCGUGACCACACCAUGACUGAGCUGUACCGUGCCCGUUUGGAGGCUGACAAGCUCCGUGCCAGUCUGGCUGAUGCUCAGGCUGAAUGCCAACGCAUGGAGAGCCAGCUAGAUCGCAUGAGGAACACUGCACAGAAGGAAGUGAGUGUUGGGACCAGUGAGGACGCGACACCCAGCAUGAUGGUAGUGUCAGAGGCAGAGGCUGAGCUGCAGAGGGAGGUCGAGGAGCUAAAGCUGCGUCUUCAUAUGGCUGCUGAACACUAUAAGGAGAAAUAUCGGGAGUGCCAGCGCCUCCGCAGGCAGGUUGCCAAACUAAACACAACUGAGUCACAGGGGGAGCCAAAGAGAAAUGCAUCCACUGAGACGACACAGGAGCCUCUGACCCCUAGUCCAGAGUCACCCACAGCAGGGAAUAUAGCUACUGCAGUCCUACAAGAAGCAGAUGAGAUGGCAAUCACCAUAGAACUUCAUAAAAGGGAACACACACACUCUGACCCACAUAUCCCCACAGAAAAGGAAGAAAGGCAGAAGGAGAGGGGUGUGGAGGAGGGUGAAGAAGAAGCAAACCAAAAGGAAGACUGUGAAAAACAAGACAAGGAGGAGAAGAAAGAAUGCCUGCCCGAGGAGAGCCUGAGGAUGAUGAGCUGGGUGGAGGUGGAGAACGAGAGGCAGAGCGCUGAGGAGAACAGUGAGGUGGAAAGCUCACUGAAGCCAGAGAAAGUGAGGGAUGGUGUUGAGGAGGUGGAGGGGAGGAGCAUGGGGGAGGCAGAGAAGGAACAGACUCGCUCCGUGGAGGAGGAGCUGCUGAUGAUGGAGGAGAAGUGGAGGGAGCAGUGCGCCAUCAACGAGACGCUCAAACAGCGACUAGCCAACGAGGAGGAACGAUUUAGAGUGCAGAUGGCUGAGCGAACCACAGAGGUGGCAGAGCUAAAACACAACCUAGCACAGGCUCUUAGAGACAAGGAGCAACUACAGGGGCAGCUACAGCGUUAUGUGUCCAGGCAGAGGCAGCAGGAGGCUGGUGUUCAUGGUGCUGAAGUCAGGCAGCCAAUGGUGCUGCGCUACCCCCUGCCCUACCCCCAGGACCCCUCCCCUCCACCACUGGUGCCACAGAGACCUGCUGAGCUGCAGUAUGGAAAUCCCUACUCCAGCAACACCACAAGAGACCCGGUGGAUGUUGCUCAGUCUCCCGAGCACCUAUCUCGUCCACCACCUGAGGCCCCACCCUGCGCUCCUCCCUGUGCACCGCCAGUCACGCCCCCAAGUCCUGGACCUGGCGCACCAGGCUGGGACCGAGAGGUGGUCUGCAUCCAGCCCUCUCGCAGCACAAGCCCCCCUGAGAGCCUGGAGCAUUCACCAGAGGAGCCACAAAAUGUUGCUGAUGGAGCUCAGCCAUCCUGUGAGCAUCAGCCCAGUAAACACAGUGAAGCCAGAAGCAGCUUCUGCUUUGAUUCCAGUAGUGACGUUCAUAAGCGCUGCCCACUCUGUGAAGUGAUCUUCCCGCCCCACUUCGAGCAGCGCAGCUUUGAGCAGCAUGUGGAAAGCCACUGGAAGGUCUGUCCUGUCUGCUCUGAGCAGUUCCCUCUCAACUGUCAGCAGCAGCUCUUCGAGAGGCACGUCCUCACGCACUUCGAUGGCCAUGUGCUCAACUUUGAGCAGAUUGAAUGAAGGACAGAGUGCAGAGCUAGAAUUCUGACACCGUUUGGCUGUAUUGUCAACUGUUACUUAAUUUUGACUGGCGUUUGGUUAAGGUAUGCUCAUAUACAAUCAUUAGCACUUUCUUUGCAGUCUUGAAGAUUAGAACGAAUGUAGUCCGCUUGUGAAAGAGGCAGAGUUACUCCACCAAGGUGUUUAUUUAGUAGGGUAGCAUUCACCUUAAUGCACAGUGAGUGAAAGGAUCAUUAACACUUGGGAGCAGGUCCUUUUACCUUUGUAUCAUUUCUAUGCUCAUCCUUUUCCGUCAAGGGACUAAAGCACCAAUAAAAGUGCAUGCAUUUAUUCUGUGUUCAAAACUACUGAAAAUGAUAAAAUUACAAUUGCUCAGGCCAACAGAGUGAAUUGUAGCAACAGCUUGAAUUGGGGAAGAAAAAACAUUUUAGUAUCUUAAUCUCCCUGUUCUUUCAUUUCCUCGAAUAUUCCUUGUAAUAAAGCAGCCAAUACAGCUUGGAAAGGCAGAAAGAUAACUAUGUUCUUUUAAAGUGUAAAUGCAGAUCACAGAUCUGAGCUGUGAGAUGCCUUAGUCAUUUGAGUGUCUGUAUAUAAUUGCAGAAGUGUGGUGGAGAUUUCUCCCACACAGCACAUAAGACAGUGUCCUGCAAAUACAUCAGACAGUUGAAACAAAAACAGCACUAUAAUUUCAUGUAUCUGCACUAAAAAGGCUUAAUUCUGAAUGUAAUGUACAUAUGACAGUAAAUAUAAGUUGUGGAGAGACCUGUGAAUUACUGUUGUGGCCCUGCCUCCCCUCACUGUUACCUCCCUCAUGUUGUAGUGAUGAAAGAAUGACUGACCAAUGAUGUUUUACUUUGUGGUGUGCACUUUCUGGUCUUUGGUCAAUCAAUAUGAAGCUGGGCUGAGAAAUACUGUUUCACAUUUAAGGCAAAUAGACACUUUUAUUGUUAUGUACUUCCAUGUUUUCACAUUAGAACUGUGAAGAUCAAGUCAUUGCUUUGUGCACAGCUUCAUGUUGGCCCUCAUGGGUGAAUGUCAUGUCACUCAUAGGGCUUCAUACUGUACCGCUUGUCUGUUUUUCAUCAUUUCAGAGUGACCCGACAGUGUUGUAUUCAGGCUUUAAAAAUUUGCACAUGCCCAGUAAUCAAAAGGCAAAUCUGUGUGUGUGUGUGUAUGUCAUAUGUCCAAGCAGCCCUUUUCAUGUGAGAAUGACUGGACAGUGGAUAAAGUAUGUACUGCAAAGAUCUUUAUGAAUAAACUAAGCUUGCCUAAAUGCA